AUGUGUUUCAAUUUAUGCGGAUCGAAUAGCCAUGAUGAGCUCUUACCUAGAUACGUCUCUGCUAUGGUGCCAGUGAAAUCAGUGAGAGAGCAUGACGCUCAGAUGGAUGUAGCCGUGUUAUUUUCUGAGGUUCGUGAACGUGCGCUAGCAGAGUGCUUAAUAACGAAAGACCAAAUUGAUUCGUUCGAUCCUAUCGUCAUGAUCUGUAUUCCGAGGCUGGCGAUCGUAUGGGGCCUUAUUUAUUACCCUGAAGGUGCACUCAAUGUCGACGGUCCUCAAGAGAAUAUGUCUGAAAUGUUUCGUCCAUACUACGGCCUGCUUAACAAAAUUCGAAAUCUGCUGCUGGUUCUUACACCGCAUGAGCUGCUGAAGGUUCCUGCUUUACUUAUUCUGUUAAAGGUGCAAAUUGAACGAUCUCAAGAGCACUACACUGUGAAGGGCUGUGAUAUUAGCAAACAAACACUUUUUACCCCAGCGCUCACUUUUGUAACAGAUGCGUUCAAGAAAUAA